UUCUCACUCAAACUGCGGAGAAAAAUUGCUAGCUCCGAUGCAGACAGAAGAUCGUCUCCUACUUGGAAAUCUUAGCAGGUCAACGACUCCCACUCCAUCCUCGCUGCUAUACUGACACGAAGCGAGUCUUUGAUGAUAGAACUCGUCCAGGGUGUCCUUAUGUGCUAAUUGUGCAGAAAGGGUCUGUGACCCAAUUUGAAUCAUGUCUGGCAAAAGAAUCCUCGACGCACUUGCGCUCUUCAAUGUCUCUCGGAAAGUUGCAUCCAAGCACUUCGACAUCCGGCUAUCACAAGUCAAACUCUACGGGCAGUCGUCGUCUGUUGUCAAGGCACUGAGAACUCGAGCCCUUCCAAUAUUAGCCACCUCUGUCUCGCGAUUUGCCUCAUCGAAAUCACGCGAAGAAGACAUACAGCAAGACCAUCACUACAGCCGCUCAGAACAAAACUCGUCCACCAACACUUCUUCAGAGAAUGAUAUACAUGUCACCCAGGCCGAGUCUACGCAGGCUCCUCUCCCAGAUGGGUCGGUGCCACCAGAAGGAAGUCCGAUUGAACAAGAGACAGGGGACGGAAUGAGCUAUGACAAGAGACCCGAUGGAGAGACGGCACAAGGUCCAGGUGGAUUAGACAGUGCGGCGGAUCUCAAGGUGAAGUCGUCGGGAGAAACGACCAUACCAGAUCCUACACACAGUAGCUCUCUGUCUCCAGAUGGAGCCCGAAAGCUGCAACGCCAGUACGAAGACCAGAUACCUGCGAAUACGGCCGAAGCUCCAAAUUCAGGGGAAGCAACGCAAGAGUUUGGCAUUGAGCAAGAACAAGAUGUCUUCUACCAGCCUCCAGAUAGCGUAAAGCCGGUCCUGUCGGCUCUCCCGCGAGUUCGCGUGCCCAAGACGGAAAACAACGUUCAAGAAGGAGAUUCUCAUAUUGCACCCGGCAUCAAUGCAGAUGUGUACUAUUCCGGGUCGAAAAGGGACGCCGGGGUUGUAGACGAGGAGCCGAGCGAAGAACAACUGUCGCAGCUCUUCCAUAACCCAAGGCAUGCAACGAAGUUGAUGGGUGGAAAAGGUCGCUGGACUCCUCCAUCCAAGCGACAAUUCCAUCAGUCCACGAUGGCUCAGCAAAAGUCUUCAAAUACAGACGAGGUUAGCAUCAAGCAGCUCGCAGCAGAUAUGGCCAAGGAUGCUCAAAGGAUCAACAACACACCACAAGCUCAGAGUGCACAACCCUACCAGAUGCGCGAAUCGCGGGUACCCUCUUCAAGAUUCGGACGUUUUGUCGAGUAUGGAGGGCUAGCGGCGUCGAUGGCGUUUGGAGCUGUCAGUGAAAGCAUUACCCGUUCAGGCGGUGCCCAAGGGUCAAUCAUGCUGAGUGCUGCGAACAUGGAACGCCUGGUUGCCAAAUUGUCCAAAAUGCGAGGCGCCGCCUUGAAACUAGGUCAAAUGAUGAGCUUCCAAGAUGCCAAAAUGCUGCCAAAGCCCAUCCAUGACGUGUUGCAACGUGUCCAAGACAGCGCAGACUACAUGCCAGCUUCACAGCGUGAUGCAGUGAUCGCCGCCAACCUUGGCCCAGACUGGCGUGACAUGUUCGAGCAAUUCGACGACCGUCCUAUGGCCGCCGCCUCGAUUGGCCAGGUUCAUGGAGCUGUCCUGAAAUCAGGAAAGCGAGUCGCGGUAAAAGUCCAGUACCCUGGUGUCGCCGAUUCGAUCUCGUCGGACCUCAACAAUCUGUCUUUGCUGCUUACUGCUUCUCGUCUGCUGCCCAAAGGGUUAUACCUCGACAAGACCAUAGCAAACGCUCGCACUGAACUUGCAUGGGAAUGCGACUACAUUCGUGAGGCGGAAGGGGCCAAACGUUUCAGCGAGCUGUUGGCAGAUGAUCAAGAGGCUUUCUCGGUCCCAGAAAUUGUGGAUCAAGCCUCAGGAAAGCAAGUGCUGACCAUGGAGAGGAUGGAAGGUACUGCCGUGACCAAAAUUCAGAACCUCACGCAGGAGCAGAAAGACUGGAUCGGUACCCAGAUUCUUCGACUAUGUCUGCGAGAGAUCACCGAGUUCAGAUACAUGCAGACCGACCCAAACUGGACGAAUUUCUUGUACAAUGCCAAAACGAAUAAACUGGAGUUGUUGGAUUUCGGCGCAUCUCGAGAAUAUCCGGCGCAUUUCAUCGACCUCUAUGUGAAAGUCCUCGAUGCUGCCGCAAGGAAAGACAGGAAUGCUUGCAAAGAUCUUUCCGUCCAGCUUGGAUAUCUCACUGGAUAUGAAUCCAAAGCCAUGCUGAAUGCACAUGUCGAUUCAGUCAUGACUCUGGCCGAACCUUUCAUGGACUCGGCUCCCGAGUUCUAUAAUUUCGAGAACCAGACGAUUACUGAUCGUGUGCGUGGUCUGAUACCAGUGAUGCUGAAAGAACGGCUUGCUCCACCGCCAGAGGAGACAUACAGUCUACAUCGCAAACUGAGUGGCGCAUUCCUCUUAUGUGCAAGACUGAGCAGCCGAGUCAAGUGCAAGGACAUGUUCCAACAAGCUCUCGUCAAAGCUGGCUUGCGGUGA